AUGGAGUUGAGAAGGCACUCAAGUUCAGUUGUCAACUCACCAGAGGCAGUACCUUGUGUUCUGCUACAUACAAAUAUUCACAUGUCUAUGUCUCCAGAGCAUUCAUCAGCCAACUCAAAGAACAGGAGGAAGCAGCCACAACCAGCAAAGGACAAGGAUUUGGACACACAAAGUAUUGGUGGGUCAAUCCCUAGUGAUGCCCCAAAAAGGAAGAAGCAUCAACAUCAGGCCAAGGAUGACUCUGGCUUACCCACUAAUCUACCUGCAUCAUUCAAGGUUCCUUCAUUCUCAGCUAAGGAUGGACAGGACAUGGCAAGUUUGAGCAGUUCUGUAAAUUGUUCACUACAGCCAUCUCUGACUAGUGCCACCCCACACCUGCCAUCCCAAGUGGUAGAUGAGGAUUAUGAUGAGGGUGUUGCUGAUGCAUUAGUUAACUUGUCCCAGACCCAUCCUGCCAAGCAGUCAGCUUCUGCACAUGACAACUACAAUGCAAUGAUGCACUCACCAACACUGUCUAAUGCAAGUUUCCACACUGUCAAUUUGCCACAUGAUGCCACCCCCCAUCAUUGA